AGGUUAGGUCUGCCCACCCGCUUCCGCCCUAGCCCCUAGCGCCCCGCUGGCCCCUUAGCACCUUGCUGGCCCCUUAGCGCCCCCCUGGCCCCUUAGCACCCCGCUAGCCCCGUACACCCCGCUGGCCCCAUUCGCGCUCCGCUGGCUCUGUCGAGCCCCGCUAGCCCCGUGCGCCCCGCUGGCCCCAUACGCCCCGCUGGCCCCGUCGAGCCCCGCUAGCCCCGUGUGCCCCGCUGGCCCCGUAUGCCCCGCUGGCCCCAUUUGCACCCCGCUGGCCUCGUCGAGCCUCGCUGGCCCUGUGCACCCCACUGGCCCCGUACGCCCUGCUGGCCCUGUUUGCGCCCCGUUGGUCCCGUCGAACCCCGCUAGCCCCAUGUGCCCCGCUGGCCCCGUCCGCGUCCCGCUGGCCCCGUCAAGCCCCGCUAGCCCCUUGCACCCAGCUGGCCCCACACGCCCCGCUGGCCCCGUUCGCGCCUCACUGGCCCCGUCAAGCCCCCCUCGCCCUGUGCGCCCCGCUGGUCCCUUACGCUCCGCUAGCCCCAUUCGCGCCCCGCUAGCCCCAUGUGCCACGCUAGCCCUAGCCCGCCGGCCCUAGCUCGUCGGCCCCACCUCGCCGACUCUCGCUCGUAGGCCCUAGCUUGCCGGCCUCCGCUCGCUCGCUGCCCCUACCGCACCCGGCCCCCGUUCCUGCCAGCCCCAACUUCCAGUGGCGCCACCGUGCCGCAGUGUCGCUCUGCCACCGUGCCGCCGUGGCGAUGUGGCGCCGUCCUGCCAUGGAGCUGUACCACCGUGUAGCUGAGGCCGUGUGAUGGCGGACCCUGUGCUCCGCCUGGACGCGGAGGGGCAAGCGAUCGACUUCGAUGCGUGGCUUGUUGACCUUCGCCGUCACUUAACAGAUCAGCGCCAGGACGGUUACUCCCUGGCUGUUCAUGCUGAUGGUUUGCUUUCCUGGCCCCCCCGUGCCUGCUGCCCUCCCUGAUGCCCCCACCAUUGCUGAGCGUGAGGCCUUUUCUGAUGCUGCGCUUGCUCGCGCUGUCUGGGAGUUGCGCGAUGCCGUAGCGCAGCUUGCCAUUAGUCACGCCCUCCCCCUGUCUGGGUGUCCCCGCUUUACCACUGUAGCGAACGCCAAAGAAUUCUUAGAUGCAGUCAUUGUGCGCUACCAUACACCCGCCUCAGCCUCAGUUGGCCGCCUGAUCCUCCCCAUGCUGUUCCCUGAUCUUGCGGAUUUCCCCACUGUCGCUGACCUAGCCACUCACCUCCGAGCACUUGAGGCUAGCUACCGCACCACUAGGACUAAGGCCCAGCUCACUGCCUUCCCUCCGCCACUUUGCGCUACCCUUUACCUCAUCGCCACAUGCCUCCCAGACCGCCUCGCUACUGCUCGCGACCACUUCCUUAGUUAGUACCCAGGUGACCUCACCCUUAUCGCCUUUGUCACCGCCGUGUUUGAGAUAGGUACCCGCCAGCGCACUAUCGCUCAGUCUAGCGGUACUGCAGCGGUCCCUAUCUUUCAGGGCUCUGCUCUCUCCGAGAGUACUUACUCUAACGUCUCUGCUGCUGUCGCUCAGACAGCCCCUGCUGCUGUCGCUAAGACAGCCCCUGGUGCUGAGACUGCUGCUGCGGCCUCAAUGUAGCCGCGUCAGGGUGCCCCAGAGCAGCAGCAGCAGCAGCAGCAGCCAUAGCUGCAGCAAACACAGCAGCCACAGUAGCAGUUGCAGCAGCCGGAGCAGUGGGGCUGCCUCCCGUCGGGUUGGCCCGGUGUCUAUGGUGGUGGUGGCCGCGGUGGCGGCCCUCGCAGCUCGGCGUCGGGUGGCAGCUUCGGCACUGUGGGUUGCCAAUACCAGCUCCAGACCGGCCCCUUCCAAGGCACUGUGUGUGGUCGUACCAAUCACACUGCUGCCCGCUGCUUCCGCCGCCUCGACGAUCUCUUCCGUCUUCGCUUCGGCCCUGCACCGGACCUUCCCGACUGGCCCAUUAUUGACUGUUGCAAGACCACGUUCCAUGGAGUGGACGGGCUGUACGAAUGGAUGUACAUGCCCAUUGGGCUGCGGAACACCUCCGCUGUAUUCCAGCGGAUUAUGGAUGGAGUGCUGGCUGGGAUCGAGAAUGCUGCUUGCUACAUAGACGAUGUCUUAGUCUUCAGCGGCAGUGUCGAGGAGCACAUGAGGGACGUGGGAAAGGUACUGAUGGUGAUCAAAGAGGCGGUUCUCACAUGCCUUCCUGGCAAGUGUAGUUUCGGGAGCCGGACAGUGCAGUACCUCGGGUUCGAGGUGGCUGGGGGCAGGAUGGCGAUUCAGAAAGCGAAGGUGGCCAUCCUCGACAAGUUAGCAGCCCCGAAAGACAAGAGCACGCUCCGGGCAAUACUGGGGUUCCUGAAUUACUACCGGAAGUUUGUGGCGAACUUCAGCAAGAGGGCAGGGCCGUUGAACCGGCUACUUCGAGAGGACAGAACGUGGGAGUGGGGAGACCAAGAAGCAACCGCACUGAAGGAUCUGCUGGAAGCUGUGAAGAACGGGCCGGUGCUGGAUUUACCUAAGAAGGAGGGACCCUUCAUUCUGUACACCGACUGGAGCAGCGGCGGCAUGGGGGCGGUCCUGAGUCAGAAUGGAGAGGCAGGAGAGUGCGUAGUGGCAUCUGCAUGCCGCAGCUGCAACCCGACAGAGGCUAAUUACAGUUCCUAUGAAGGCAAAGGCCUAGCGGCAGUAUGGGCGGUACACCACUUUCGGGUGCACCUGCAAGGGAGGCCAUUCACUCUGGUGACUGACCACAAGCCACUGACAUGGCUGAUGACAAAUCAGACCCUGUCCGGGCGAAAUGCGCGCUGGGCCAUGCGGCUUCAGGAGUACGAGUUCACGAUACAGCACAGGUCAGGAAGCACACUGCAGCAUACUGAUGGGUUGGCAAGGAGUCCGCCCCCAACUGAAGCGGUGGCUUGCCUGGUGGUGUUGGCUCGAGAAGUGGAGAAGUUAUAAGAAUGCGCCAGAUUGGGGUUAGUGAGGU